AUGGCUGCCUUCACCGUGGCCGAGGAGCGCGCAAUACGCCUCAAGUUCGACUUGACUAUUGUACCGAUGGUUACGAUUCUCUACAUGUGCUGUGCUAUUGACCGAGCAAAUAUUGGAAACGCCCGGAUUGAAGGGAUGGCUGAGGACCUCGACCUUAUCGGAUAUCGUUAUAACAUUGUGUUAUCCAUCUUCUUCAUUAUCUACAUGAGCGUCGAGGUACCUAGUAAUGUGAUACUUAAGCGUGUCGGUCCACGCUAUUACAUUCCCGGCCUCGUCUUUUGCUUCGGUCUCGUCUCAUUAUGCACCGCUUUCGUUCAGUCGUAUGCAGGACUCGCUGUAUCCCGUGCUAUUCUUGGUAUAUUUGAGGGUGGUGCUAUGCCCGCUACGGCCUUUUUCCUCAGCUGCUACUUCAGGAAGGCGGAGUUGUUCUUCCGCAUGAGCAUCUUUAUCGCAUCUAGUGCUCUGGCCAGUUCGUUCGGCGGUCUGCUUGCUGUUGCUCUAAGUCACAUCCCGGCUUGGGGUGCCUCAAGUACUAUCAUUGAGCGUUGGCGUAACAUUUUCUUCAUGGAGGGUCUCGUUACCAUGCUCAUCGCAAUUGCGUCUUCUUUCUUCAUGCCUCAAACCCCCGGCACUUGGAAAUACCUGACAUUGCGCCAGCGCCAUAUUGCGGCUGCCCGUAUACAGCAGGAGAUUAAUACGAACCCUCAAGAGAAGGUGACGUGGCGACACGUUCGCCAAGGUAUCUUCAAUAUUCACACGAACGUUUGCGCAUGGUGCUUCUUUUGCACCAACUCGGCCGUGCAGGGCAUGGGGGCCUUUAUCCCAACCAUCCUUAAGCAGUUUGGAUGGACUUCGACCGAGGCUCAGCUCUACUCCGUGCCUCCUUACGUGGUUGCCUGCGCCUUUACCAUCGCCCUCGGCUACGUUUCGGACAAGACCAAUCGCCGUGGUAUCUUUAUGCUCGGUGCUCUAGUAUUCUCUAUCACGGGCUAUGGUAUUCUCCGUUUCUCUGAGGAGAUACAUGCCAAGUAUACUGCCGUCUUUCUUGCUGCUAUGGGAAUCUUCGCUGCUAGCUCAGGAUUCAUAAGCUGGGGUAUCAACAAUACUGGACACCCGGCUGUGGCAGCCGUCGUGGGAGGGUAUAUUGUGUCGAUCGGUAGCAUCGGUGGUGUUCUUUCGACAUGGACUUAUCUUUCAACCGACUCCCCCAACUUUCAUAUUGGUCACACUAUCAAUUUCUCUCUUCAGCUAUUCUGCUUUUGCCUCACAGCCUUCGGUAUCGCACACUGCUACUUUGAAAACAAGAUGCGUGACGCAGGAAAACGCGACAUUCAUUUUCAAGGACUGCCACAAGAAGAAGUAAGGCAACUGGGUCACAAGAGUCCUACUUUCCGGUACAUGUUGUAG